AUGACGCCCAGUCAAAAGCCCAUCGUUCUUCUUGUCCACGGCGCCUGGCAUGGUUCCUGGGCCUGGAAGUACCAAACACCUGAGCUGGAGUCGCUCGGAUAUGCCACUCAGAAUCUGGAUCUGCCUUCAGUAUCCGGUGUAGCGGGCAAGACGCAAUUGGACGACGCAGCACACGUGCGAAGUGUCCUUGAACCACUCUUAUCGGAAGGCAAACACGUCGUCGUGCUGGCCCAUUCGUAUGGCGGACCAAUUGGUUGCGGGGCUAUCACCGGACUGUCCAUCACCGAGCGCGCUGAGAACAACCUACCAGGUGGAGUUUUAGGAUUCAUCGUUCUCUGCGGGUACAUCUUCCCUGGAGGCAUGGACCAAGGCGCUGUCAUACGCAGCUUAGGAGGUCUUCCUUAUGUCAACUGGGAUACCCCUUCUCCUGGACUCUUUGUCGCCAAAGACCCUGGCAGUCUGCUCUAUCGACCGGAUGUUUCAGACGAGCAGGCAAAAUGGGCUCUGUCACAUUUGCAACCGCAGAGUAUGGCUGCGAAUAUGGGGAUCGUUCCUCCUCAAGCUUGGCAAGAAGAGUCAUACCGAGGUCGUCUGGCAUAUAUCAGGGCAACAAAAGAUGCUGUCAUUCCCCUUCCCGACCAGGAGAACAUGAUUGAUUCGAGCGGAGGGAGCGAAGCUUGGAAGACUGGCGUUUUGGAGGGGUCUGGGCACAGUCCACAGAUUUCUCGACCCAGGGAGGUUGCCCAGGCAGUUGACAGUCUGAUUCAAGACUUCCAAAGUCACAAUUAA